AUGGCGACGGUGCUUGGCACCCUCAGUCGCUCCGUCAACAACCCCUCAGCUGCCCGCCAGUGCCGUGAAAUGGCACUUACAAAUUCAGUUCGCCGCGUAGCUGUCAUUGGAGCUGGACCGUCUGGUCUGGCCGCUGUGAAAUAUCUUGUUGGGGAGAAGCAUUUCGACCAGAUCGAUGUGUUCGAGCAGCGGAGCUCGGUGGGCGGAGUCUGGAACUAUACUCCGGGCCCCUUGAAAGCGGGAGCAUCGACCACUGUUCCACAUCUCAAUCCCCAUGAACCAGUUGAGGGUCCGAUCUGGAUGGACCAGCCGAAUGGGAUCCGCCAGGCGGUAUUUGUGUCUCCUGUGUACGAAUAUCUUGAGACCAAUAUUCCCAAAGAGUUGAUGCGAUUUUCAGACAAGCCUUUUCCGCUGGAUGCUCAGCUCUUUCCAAAACACCACAUGGUCCAGCAGUACUUGGAGGAGUAUGCCGAGAGUAUUAGGGACCGCAUCCAUUUUGAGACUCAGGUGGUCGAUGUGAGGCCCCAUGAUCCUAAGCUGAGCACAUGGAAGGUGACAACAGCCAAUCUUCAUGACGGCAUUAACACGACGCGUACAUACGACGCUGUGGUAGUGGCUAACGGCCAUUACACCGUUCCCAAUAUUCCAGAUAUUGCCGGAAUUGCCGCAUGGGAUAAAGCUUACCCCGAGUCUAUAUCCCAUUCCAAAUUGUAUGAUUCACCCAAUCCCUUCUGCGGCAAGAAAGUCGUUGUGGUUGGAAAUUCGGCGUCGGGACUUGACAUCGGAGCGCAAAUCAAUGAGGUGAGCGAGGGCAAGAUAAUCGUAUCCCAGCGCUCCGAAUCAUACCUGGCAGCAUCAGCGCCCUCAGACAAGAUUAUUUGCCCGGAGAUCGUGGAAUUUCUGCCACCAACAACGCAUCAGCGGGGUAUCCGGUUCGCUGACGGACGCAUUGAGGGCAAUAUUGACGCAGUGGUAUUUUGCACGGGCUACUUCUACUCCUAUCCUUUCCUAUCAUCACUCAGUCCACCUGUGGUAACAGAUGGGUUGCGCACAAGGAAUAUUUAUCAACAAUUGUUUUAUAUCGAACACCCUACGCUUGUUUUCCCGGCUCUGGCACAAAAAGUGAUCCCCUUUCCCAUCGCCGAGAAUCAAGCGGCCGUCUUCUCGCGUGUUUGGUCACAACGCCUGCAUCUGCCAUCCAAGCAGGAAAUGCAAGCAUGGGAAAAGGCUGAAGUUACCCAUAAGGGUGACGCAAAGUCUUUCCAUGUACUUCAAUUCCCACUCGACGCUGACUAUUUGAAUUUUCUUUACGGUUGGGCAGCGUCGGCUAAACCACAGCCAGGUCUAGCGAACCGCGGAAAUGGGGAGUAUGGAACCCAUUGGGGGGAGAGAGAACGAUGGAUGCGGGCGCUGUUCCCUGACAUUAAAAGAGCGUUUGUCCAGAAGGGGGACCAGCGGUGCGGAAUCAAGACCCUGGAGUCGUUGGGGUUCAACUUUGAUGCCUGGAAACAGGAGCAAUCUUGA